CCAAGCCCCGCCCUCCAGGCGCGGGUCCCGCCCCCGCGGGGAUGCCCGAGUGACUCACGGAGGAGGGGCGAGGGGCUCAAAGAUCCCCGGGACUGCGAGGCGAGUGUCUGAGGAUCUUCUCUGCACCACUCACGCCCUCCUCCGGCCGGGACGCCCAGGGUAGAGGCCGUCCCAGGUGAGGCCCUGCGCCGUGGGGGGACCGACGCGUCCCCGUGGGUCCGAGCUGCCUGCAGAUCAGGGCUUUCCUGACAGGUGGAAGCUUUCUCAGCAGGGGAGAGCUUUCCUCCGGGUAAGAUGCCCCCUCUGAGAUCUAUUCCCAGGUGGGAGCUUCCCCCAGGUGACAGCUUAGGACUUUCCUGGCAGGUGGAAACUUUUCCAGCUGGUGAAAGCUUCUGGCCAGGUAUAGCUAGCUCCCCCUCUAUAGCUCCUAUUUCCAGGUGAGGUCUGUUUCCAGGACAGCUCCCCCCACCCCAGGUGAGAGCCUCCCCCAGAUAAGAACUCCCUCCCCACAGAUCUGUGCCUGAGAUCACCCCCUCUUCAGGUGAGAGCCUGUGGGCAGAUCAGAGUUUCUCCCCAGGACAGAACUUACCUGGCUGGUGAAAACCUUUCUGUCAGGUGAGAGUGUCCCCCUAGGUGAGAUUGUCCUGAGAUCUGCUGCCAGGUAAGAUCUUCUCCCACUUCAGGUGGGAACUUCCCUUUCCAGAUGGAAGCCUCUCCCUCCAGGUGCGACCCCUUUCUCUCCAGAUGAGAGCCAUCCCCUGGCUUUCCCAGAUUAGGCUGAAUUUACCUACAACCUCAACCCUGAGGCUGGAGGCCCGGGGCAAUCUUAGCCCCAAUAUUUUUCUUCCCUGAGAGGGGAGGGGCUCAUUUGAAGAGGGGUGUGCCUGAAGAACUGGACUCCAGGUUUGCCGGAUCCUUCCCUGUCCGUGCUCCCAGCCAGCCAGCCAGCACUGGGCUCAUGGAGCAGCUGGAAAGGGACUCAUCCUGAACAGAGAUUGGCUGGGGGAGAUCUAGGGGCCAGGGAAGGAGGCUGGAGAGGCAGUCAGCCGGGGACCUAGACUGAUAGCAGACGCUCCAGGGUUGGAGCGUGGACUGUGCUCAUCCUGCUGUUUCUUGAUGGGGGACUUUGGCCCAGGAAGAGGUUUCUAUCAGCCAAAGUUCAGAUACUACCCCUGCCUAGGCAUGGACUUGAGGCCAGCUGGAGGUUGGACCUACCUGGAUCUUAGGGCCUAGGAACGUCAAGUGGUGACUCUGGUCCAAGGUUGAGGUGUGGGGGAGGUUGGGCCAGGGGUGCCCUCACUGCGUCUCUGCUCUCGCCGCCACAGACCAAGGGACACACAGGUCCUGCUGGCCACGACGGACGCAAUGGAGCCGAGGAGGAGAGACUACCAUGUGGAGCGGCCACUGCUGAACCAGGAACAGCUGGAGGAGCUGGGGCGCUGGGGCCCAGCAACUAGGACCCACCAGUGGCGAACCUGGUUGCACUGCUCCCGCGCCCGGGCCCGAGGCCUUCUGCUCCGACACCUCCCAGUCCUGGCCUGGCUUCCCCGGUAUCCUGUGCGAGACUGGCUCCUGGGUGACCUGCUGUCUGGAUUGAGUGUGGCCAUUAUGCAGCUACCACAGGGCCUGGCCUACGCCCUCCUGGCUGGACUGCCCCCCGUCUUUGGCCUCUACAGCUCCUUCUACCCUGUCUUUAUCUACUUCCUAUUUGGCACUUCCCGGCACAUCUCGGUGGGCACCUUUGCUGUCAUGUCUGUGAUGGUGGGCAGUGUGACAGAGUCCCUGGCUCCAGAUGAAGACUUUAUGCAGACCUUGAACUCCACAGUCGAUGUGGCGGCCAGAGAUACCGCCCGGGUGCAGCUGGCCUCCACACUUAGUGUCCUGGUGGGCCUCUUCCAGGUGGGGCUGGGCUUGGUCCACUUCGGCUUUGUGGUCACCUACCUGUCGGAGCCUCUGGUCCGCGGCUACACCACAGCGGCGUCUGUGCAAGUCUUCGUCUCGCAGCUCAAGUAUGUGUUUGGCCUCCAUCUGAGCAGCUUCUCUGGGCCACUGUCCCUCAUCUAUACAGUGCUGGAGGUCUGCUGGAAGCUGCCCCAGAGCGUUGUUGGCGCCAUGGUCACCGCACUCGUGGCAGGGGUGGUACUUGUGAUGGUGAAGCUGUUGAGUGACAAACUGAAGCAACAUCUGCCCCUGCCAAUCCCUGGGGAGCUGCUCACGCUCAUCGGGGCCACGGGUAUCUCCUACGGCGUGGGCCUGAACCACAGAUUUGGGGUGGAUGUCGUGGGCAAGAUCCCUGCAGGGUUGGUGCCCCCAGUGGCCCCCAGCCCCCAGCUGUUCGCAAAGCUUGUGGGAAAUGCCUUCGCCAUCGCUGUGGUUGGGUUCGCCAUCGCCAUCUCACUGGGGAAGAUCUUUGCCCUGAGGCAUGGCUACCGGGUGGACAGCAACCAGGAGCUGGUGGCCCUAGGCCUCUGUAACCUCAUCGGGGGCAUCUUCCAGUGCUUCCCGGUGAGCUGCUCCAUGUCUCGGAGCCUGGUCCAGGAGAGCACUGGGGGCAACACCCAGGUGGCUGGAGCCGUGUCCUCCCUCUUCAUCCUCAUUAUCAUCAUCAAACUUGGGGAGCUCUUCCAAGACCUGCCCAAGGCAGUCCUGGCAGCCAUCAUUAUCGUGAACCUGAAGGGCAUGUUGAUGCAGUUCAAGGACAUAUGCUCCCUCUGGAAGGCAAAUCGUGGGGAUCUGCUCAUCUGGUUGGUAACCUUUGUGGCCACCAUCCUGCUGAACCUGGACUUGGGCCUGGCUGUUGCAAUAGCCUUUUCCCUGCUGCUUGUGGUGGUCCGCACGCAGCUGCCCCGCUAUUCUGUUCUGGGGCAGGUUCCAGACACAGAUAUUUAUAGAGACGUGGCAGAGUACUCAGAGGCCAGGGAGGUCCCAGGCGUGAAGGUCUUCCGCUCCUCAGCCACCGUGUACUUCGCCAAUGCUGACCUCUACAGUGACGCGCUGAAGCAGAGGUGUGGCGUGGACAUCGACAAGCUCAUCUCCCGGAAGAAGAAGCUGCUCAAGAAGCAGGAGCUGAAGCUGAAGCGGCUGCAGAAGGAGAAGCUCCAGAAACAGGCUGCUGCUUCCAAUGGUACUUCCGUUGCCAUCGAUGUCAACGCCAGUGACGGAGACAUCAAGAGCAACAACAUGGAGGGCUCCAAGGCCGAGAAGGUAAUAAGCACGGAGAAAGAACCAGAGGACACAGAAGCCAGUGGUCAAGAAGAUGCCAAGGCCUCGGCGUGCACACUGAAGGCCCUGGGCCUGCCCCAGCCCGACUUCCACAGCCUUGUCCUGGACCUGGGCACCCUCUCCUUCGUGGACACUGUGUGCCUCAAGAGCCUGAAGAAUAUUUUCCGGGACUUUCGGGAGAUCGAGGUGGAGGUGUACCUGGCUGCCUGCCACACUCCCGUGGUCACCCAGAUGGAGGCCGGGCACUUCUUUGAUGCUUCCAUCACUAAGCAGCAUCUCUUUGCCUCUGUCCACGAUGCUGUCAUCUUUGCCCUCCAACACCCAAGGUCCAACCAAGUCAACCCUGUUUGGGUUACCAAACUCUGAUCAUGCUGCCGCCCUGCCUGAGACUGCCUACCUCUGAGUGUGACGGAGCACCUGUGAGAACCCCCCACUCCUGCACUGCCUCCAGAUGUCACCCGGGAGUCCCCUCCAUACACACACACACAGACAACUCAGGGAUGGAGGUCCUGGGACUCCAACACAGUGCUCUAGGCCUGGGCUCAGGCACUGGCCAGGCCAGGGGUGGUGGGGCAUGUGUGUUUGCAACUUCAGGAAUAAAGACUCUUUUCCCUA